CAUCGUUAUCACCGGGGCCAUGAGCCUAUGAUACAUCCUCCACCACCGCAGUCCACGCCGAUCGCCAUGGCCGCCACCCCACCGGCGCCACCCGCUCACGGCGGCCGCAAUGGCAGCUCCCCGGCCCCGCCUUCCACGGAGUCCUUCGCCAAGUUCUUCGAAUCCUGGAUCUCCGAGCAGUCCCGCGACCUCGCCGAGCUCCGCGCCGCGGCGUCCGCGGACCCGGCCACCCCGGAGGCCGACCUCCGCCGCCUCGUCGGCCGGGUGCUGGGCCACUACGAGCACUACUACCGCACCAAGGCCGCGGCGGCGGCGGACGACGUGCUCCGCAUGUUCUCCCCGUCGUGGAUCUCCACCACCGAGAACCUCUACCUCUGGUGCGGCGGCUGGCGCCCGACCGCCGCGUUCCACCUGCUGUACACCAAGUCCGGGAUGCAGCUCGAGCACCAGCUCCCCAACUUCCUCAACGGCGGCAGCCUCGAGGGCGACCUUGGGGACCUCGGCGCCGGGCAGCUCCAGGCCGCCGACCAGCUGCAGCGCCGCACCAUCACGAGGGAACGCGAGAUCGAGGACGCCGCCGCGAGCGCACAGGAGGCGCUGGCGACGGCGAGGAUGGUGGAGCUCGCGGGCGGCGGCGGGAUGGACGCGGAGGCGAUGGAGCGGGAGAUGCAGGCGAAGGCGGACGGGAUGAAGCGCGUGCUGCAGAUGGCCGACGCGCUGCGGCUGGAGACGAUGCGCGGGGUGGUGGCGCUGCUCCGCCCCGCGCAGGCCGUACACUUCCUCCUCGCCGCCGCCGAGCUCCACCUCGCCGUGCACGACUUCGGGCGCCGCAAGGACGGGCGCGCCGGCGACGCCGCCGCGCUGCCGCCGCCACAGCCGUAGCGACGCGUGGCCGCUGGCCUGGCCGCUUGCUUGCUAACUGUUCGCUCCUCCACGGCCCAAGCGGCGCAUGGCUGCCGGUCUGGUCAGCACGAGCUGUUGGGAUAAGGCUCUGACCAGUUGUUUAUUUUGUGUUCGCGCGUGUGGUGUGCACCUGUGCCAUGUCUGAUGCCUCUGUCUCUUGGUGUUCGUAUUGUUGGGGAGCGUGGACUCUGAUCUGCCAAAUCGAACUGUUUUGUUCCAGCAGA